AUGCCUGUUCCGCUGCCACUUGAUAUUCCCCUCUCGCUCGCCGGCCCGGCACUUGCGACCACCCUCGCCUACUUGAACGCCAGGUACUCCCUCUUCUAUGACGCAAAGAUCUUUCAUGGGCUCUUCAAGUCCAUCAUAAAAUCUCGCCUUGCGCUGCGCCGCGACAACCUGAACCUUUUCUACAUCCUGGAAAACCAUGCGCUCGACCCCUCUUCGAAAGACCGGCCUUUCGUCGUUUAUAAUGGCCGCAGCUGGACCUUCCACGAAACGUAUAUGCUGGCGCUGCGAUAUGGUACUUGGUUCAAGAGAGUUCACGGCGUCAAGCCCCGUGAGAUUGUCGCCCUGAACAUGAUGAACUCGUCAACUUUCAUAUUCAUCUGGCUCGGUCUCUGGAGUAUUGGCGCGGUACCUGCCUUCAUCAACUACAACCUGACCGGAAAGCCCUUGACGCAUUCGGUUCGCACGUCGACUGCCCGGUUGCUGAUAGUUGAUGAGGAUGUCCGUUCGUCUUUUGGUCCCGAUGAGAGGUCGGCGUUCUCAGCGCCUGAUUUCAGGGAAGACGGUGGCGCAAUGGAAGUUAUCUUUCAUACUCCGGAUAUCGAGGCCCAGAUAUUGCAAACAGAGGCAAUCCGUGAAGAUGACAAGGUUCGCGCCGGUGUUGAGCUCCGGGAUAUGGCCAUUUUGAUCUACACCAGCGGUACAACCGGGCUGCCGAAGCCGGCCAUUGUUAGCUGGAGGAAGUGUUGGGCAGGGAGCGUCUUUGUCAGUACUUUCAUUGAACUGGCCAAGCAGGACCGGGUCUUUACUUGCAUGCCCCUUUACCAUUCGUCCGCCUCCAUCUUGGGGUUCGUAGCUACGCUAGCUGUCGGGUCUACGCUGAUCGUGGGUCGCAAGUUCUCCGCGAGAAACUUCAUGAAAGAGGUACGCGAGAAUGACGCCACCGUCAUCCAAUAUGUUGGCGAAACAUUGAGAUAUCUGCUCGCCGCCCCUCCCGAGAUUGAUUCGGCGACCGGGGAAGACUUGGACAAGAAGCACAACGUUCGAGUAGUGUAUGGAAACGGAUUACGCCCGGAUGUUUGGAACCGCUUCAAACAGCGCUUCGAUGUGCCCACUGUUGCCGAAUUCUACGCCGCUACGGAGGGUACCGGGGGGACGUGGAACUUCUCGACGAACGACUUCAGCGCGGGGGCAAUUGGCCGCAAUGGCCUGUUCAGCGGAUGGCUCCUCGGCCGUGGCCUCACUAUUGUCGAGGUGGACCAGGAAUCGCAGGAGCCACGGCGCGAUCCCCAGACAGGUUUCUGUAGAGCGGUCCCUCGGGGGGAAGCGGGCGAACUCCUGUACGCCAUCGAUCCCGCUGACCCGGCAGAAACAUUCCAAGGCUAUUACCGUAACUCCAAGGCGACGGAAAGCAAGAUCAUCCGUGAUGUUCUGUACAAGGGCGACGCCUAUUUCCGCACCGGCGACAUGAUCCGAUGGGAUAAAGACGGCCGAUGGUACUUCUCCGACCGUCUAGGCGACACCUUCCGGUGGAAGAGUGAGAACGUAUCGACCAGCGAGGUAUCGGAAGUGCUCGGUGCUCAUCCAGAUGUACAUGAAGCCAACGUUUAUGGUGUAUCCUUGCCCAACCACGAUGGCCGCGCCGGCUGUGCUGCCAUUGUGUUCGACAACCAGCUGCAGGCACCCGAUCAGUCGGUGCUUCUGCCACCAUCUCCCGACUCUCUUACGAGUCUUGCAGCACACGCUCUGCGCAACCUUCCCCGCUUCGCUGCGCCGAUUUUCCUGCGUGUCACGACUGAAAUGCAGGCGACGGGUAACAAUAAGCAGCAGAAGCACGUGUUGCGGACCGAGGGUGUUGACCCUGGGCGGGUUGGGGACACAGACAAGCUGUACUGGCUGCAGGGAGAUAAAUAUCUCCCGUUUGAGGCGAAGGACUGGGAUAAGAUCCAGGGUGGACAGGUGAAGCUGUAG